AUGGAGCCUAGAGAGAGCGAGAGAGAGUGGAGAGUGGUGAGAAGAAGAGGGAUUGGUCCAAAACAUGUCGAGAGAAAACAGGCAAGAAGCUGGAAUCGGAGCAGUUUGAAUGGGAGGAGAGAUUGGAGUUCGAAUGAACGUGAUGACACUACAACCUUUUUCUUUAACAACAUCCCAGAGGAUUGCAGCCUUGAUUUUCUCAGACGUAAGUUCGAGACGGUUGCGAAGACGGUGGAUGUAUAUAGCCCAAGGAAGAGAGAUCUUUGGGGAAGACCGUUCGGCUUUGUUCGAUUUGAAAAGGUGGAGAGGUCUGAGACUUUACUGGUGGACCUGAACAAACUUUGGAUUGGCAGUUAUAAGGUUAGAGUUUAUAAGCCUAAAUUCCAAAGGGAUUAUAAACCUAAAUUCGAAAGGGUUGAUGAGAAGAGAAGGAAUGAGCAGAAUAGCGUCAAAGAAAAGAAGUUGGAACAGAUACAGCCAUGCAACAUGAAGGUGUAUAAUAGGCACGCAGGUGUCUCCUUUAAGGAAGCUCUUACAGGUGCUAAAGAUGAUAAAGAACUUGAUGAUGAAACAUUUCAGUUCCAGACGACGGAAGAAGACUUGGUUUGGCUUAAUGGGGCUUUUACAGGUUACAUUAAAUCUGAGUUUCUCUGGGAGGAAGUUCGAGAGGAAAUAAAUAGUGAAUGCGCAGGUUGUUUUAAGCUGAACUCCCUUGGUGGCAACAUGGUCUUAAUCCAAAGCAGCAACGAGCAGACGACCGAGGAAAAUCUCAAUAAGCUCAACGAAUGGAGAGACUUCUGGUUGCAGUGGUGGAGGCCUUGGAAAUCUGUUGAUAUCAACUAUCAAAGAGUUGUCUGGACUAAAUGGACCGGAGUCCCGCUACAUGUUUGGAAUUCCCGUUUCUUCAGUACGGCAAGCGCGAGGUUCGGGUUGCUUCUGAAAAUUGAAGAAAAAACAAGAACGAAAGAGAGGCUGGACGUGGCUUUUAUACAGAUGUCUACUGGGUUCAACUCCAUCGGAAACAUACUGAAAUGUAAAAUCGACGGUGCUUCGUUCCAAAUCCGGGUGGAAGAAAUGCCCUAUAAUUUCGUUUCCCCGGAGGAGGAGGUGUGGUCUUUGGACGAAGAUGCUGACUCAGAAUGUUCUUUACAAGAUAUCUCACAGUCUCCGGCGAAGGCUUUCAUCGUCGAGUCGGAAACAGAGGACGGUGAAGGAAACGAUUCGGUUACUCAAAAAAACGGCGUCUCGGAACUCGAGAGAAAGGUUGUGGAAACUAAUGGCCCGUUCUCACAUUACUCUGACACAGAUAAAGGAAGCCAAGUCCAGCGGGUUUCCUCCGAAGGGACUGAUAAAUCGCCUUCAAAUGAGCCAGAGACUAGAGGUAGAGAGAUUAAUGAAGGGAGUAGAAACGAGAAAGAGAAGGAAUUUCAAAAUGAACUUGAGGGGGAGGAGUGCGAUCCCUCGAGGGUACCAGAUUCUCUCACUGCAGGGGUUGUUUCUAAGAAAUGA